GUGAGAUUUAGAUGAUGUCCCGGCAACUGCAGCUUUACCUUCCAGCAUUGGAUUUGACCUUUUUGGAGACUCGACCAAGUCAGUCACCAUUUCCCAUAGUGUUAAUGUCAGCGCCAUUUGCAGGGCUAGCCUCGAGUUCGCACCUGUUCAGAGCAACAACGCUGAAGACUAUGCAGAAAGAUGUAAAGGACAUGAACCAAGUCCAAUCGUGUUCACGCACCCUUGCUUUGGAAGAUAGAUGAGGCUUGCGCAAGUUUGGCUCCAAGAAGUCGGGGCCGAAGGACUGAUACAGACACGAGGACUACCGGGAUUUGGGCAUGCUCCGAGAUAGAAGAUUCCUUGUUUGAGCCGUGGCAGCGCUGACACCAUGAGGUUUGUCCUCCUUCUGGUGAUUCUUGGCAUUGCACAGACCGUCGCGACAUCCACCUCUUCCAGCACAAGCACCACAACCUCGAGCAGCACAAGCACCACAAGUUCAAGCACUUCAAGCACAACGCAGGCUGAGCCCACUUGGACAUCACCGUCAGUAAGCGGCAGUGCACCUUCAGCUCGCUACGGGCAUUCGGCUGCGAUGAAUACUGAUGGCAAAAUGUGGGUAUUUGAUGGCUCUAGUAAAUUAGCCGAUUUGUAUUGCCUGGACACGCAGACUGGGACAUGGACAUAUCCAUCACUGAGUGGCAGCGCGCCUGCAGCACGCUGGUACCAUUCAGCCGUGAUGGCGAACGGAGGCAAAAUGUGGAUAUUUGGCGGCGGUGGGAGUAGUAGCAGUAACAUCAAAAACGAUGUGCACUACCUGGACACGCAGGCGGGAACACCUACCUGGGUGUCUCCAACAGUGAGCGGCAGCGCGCCUCAAGCUCGCUCUGGGCACUCCGCCGUGAUGGCUACCGAUGGCAAAAUGUGGAUAUUUGGUGGUUACAUCCUGUAUAACAGCCGACUGAACGAUUUGCACUACCUGGAUACACAGGCAGACACACCAACUUGGGUAUCUCCAUCAGUGAGUGGCAGCGCCCCUUCAAAGCGCAAUCUGCACUCGGCCGCAAUUGCCAGCGAUGGCAAGAUGUGGAUCUUCGGCGGUUCGACGUACAACAGUUGUGCCCACUGCAUCCUCAAUGAUGCGCGCUAUCUGGACACACAGGCCGCAACGCCAACUUGGGUAUCUCCAUCAGUGAGUGGCAGCGCCCCUGCGGCACGUUUCGAUCAUUCAGCUGUAAUUGCCAGCGACGGCAAGAUGUGGAUAUUUGGUGGCUAUGACGCUAACGGUGUCCUGAAUGAUUUGCAUUACUUAGACACACAGGUACACCAGUGAGGGCAAGUCAAUGGUGAGUGUACACUCACAUGGCUGCAUGCCAGAC